AUGUUUCCUGCCCUGUUCAGGCUGUUCUCCUUCAGUGUUCUACUCACCACAUACCUAUACGUUCAGGCUGUUCUCCCUCAGUGUUCUACUCACCACAUACCUAUACGUUCAGGCUGUUCUCCCUCAGUGUUCUACUCACCACAUACCUAUACGUUCAGGCUGUUCUCCCUCAGUGUUCUACUCACCACAUACCUAUACGUUCAGGCUGUUCUCCUUCAGUGUUCUACUCACCACAUACCUAUACGUUCAGGCUGUUCUCCCUCAGUGUUCUACUCACCACAUACCUAUACGUUCAGGCUGUUCUCCCUCAGUGUUCUACUCACCACAUACCUAUACGUUCAGGCUGUUCUCCCUCAGUGUUCUACUCACCACAUACCUAUACGUUCAGGCUGUUCUCCUUCAGUGUUCUACUCACCACAUACCUAUACGUUCAGGCUGUUCUCCCUCAGUGUUCUACUCACCACAUACCUAUACGUUCAGGCUGUUCUCCCUCAGUGUUCUACUCACCACAUACCUAUACGUUCAGGCUGUUCUCCCUCACUGUUCUACUCACCACAUACCUAUACGUUCAGGCUGUUCUCCCUCAGUGUUCUACUCACCACAUACCUAUACGUUCAGGCUGUUCUCCCUCAGUGUUCUACUCACCACAUACCUAUACGUUCAGGCUGUUCUCCCUCAGUGUUCUACUCACCACAUACCUAUACGUUCAGGCUGUUCUCCCUCAGUGUUCUACUCACCACAUACCUAUACGUUCAGGAUUGUACCAAUCGGCACUCUUCCGAAAUUCUGUUUGCCAUUAUUUUUCUCGUUUCAAGAGCUUUGCUGUGCCUCUCUUGCUCCGCCAUCACUGCCUACCGUACUCUAUUCUACUCACCUCCCAAGUCAACUCCCAUAUCUUACCUGUGUCCAUUUCUGGCCUUACUCUUCACUAGAGAAAACAAUUCAGGGAAUAUCAUCGACCACACCAUUGAAACGCAGUACAUUUCCAACAGUGGCACAUUUUAAAAGUCAACCUAACUUCGCUGCAGCAGAAGUACAUUUUUUUUUUGUAUAUUUUUGUAAUGAACUGCAGUAGUUGACCACAGGGGGGCAUUGUGAAUCAGGAUAAUCGCACAUGAAGCCUAUCUCUGUAGUUUCUGUACUACCCAGGAGCAGUCAGGGAACUACAAAUCCCAGCUCGCAACAAUAAGGGAGUUCUCCUGGUUAAAUGUCUGUCUGUCUACAGCUAUUAAAAGUAAGGUGCUGAUCUUGGGUCAGUUUAGCAUUUUCCCAACUAAUGGUUAAGUUAGGAUUAGAGGCGGGGAACCUGUUCCUAGAUCUCUACCAAGGGGAAACUUCACCCCGGAGCCACUUUAUACUGGUUGAGCUCUGGCUACACCUCACAUCAACUGUUUGUUUUUUCACCUCCGUGACUAGCGGAAGCAUAUCAGCUAGGACCGUCUGCACUGGGUCCUACUCCAGUUACCAUGCCCACUCUUCCAUGUAGCACAGACAACCCCAGCAGACCACCUAUAGAUGACAAAAGGGCCCAAUCCCAAAACAACCCCUAGCCCCUGCAACCUCUGCCUCACUAGUAGAGAUGUGAGAAGAUUGGUGUAAGCAAUAUGGAAAAAUGUCAUUCAGCCAAUCAGCGCAAGUUGGAGCUAUUACCAUAUUACUUACCACAGUCUCAUCCAUUCAGAUCUCCACAAGUACAUAGGGCUAGGGGUCGAUAUGGGAUAUGAUAAGUUUACUACCCGGACACAGAAACAUAAUUAUUAGAAUGGACAUUGUCCUCUAAAAGCAAUGAACAAUUGUUGAUUGGAUGUUAGAUGAACAAUUGUUGAUUUGAUGUUAGAUGAACAAUUGUAUCUAUUUAAAGAAUGACUAAAUAUUUUCUACGCACUUUAAUGCCUGAUAUUUCCUAUCUCCCUGUGAAGCACAUCCAAUAGGUUGCCAACCAUAUCCAUUUCCCAAUGACAUGGAGACCUAUGCCUGUUCUGUCCAUUCUAUUUCUACGCUCCUAACGCUGCCUACUCUUCUAGUCGCCACAUAAGAAAAGAGGUGAGAAGAGGAGUGGAGCCCGGUUUGGGAGUUCUGUACCUGGUAUGAUUCUGCUGUAUCACUGUGCAGUCCAGGGACUUGUACUUGACUGUGUAGGAUCUUCUAAAGAUACAGGGCCUUCAGAAAGUAUUCACACCCCCUUGACUUAUUCCACAUUUUGACUGAAUUUCAAAUAGAUAAAAUGUAGAUAUGUCACUGAUCCACAUACAAUAUCCCAUAAUGUAAAAAGUGGAAUUUUGCUUUUAGAAUUUUUCUUUACAAAUUAAUACAAAACGAAAAUGUCUUGAGUCAAUAAGUAUUCAACCACUUUGUUAUGUCAAGCUAAAUAAGUUCAGGAGAAAAACAUUUGCUUAUCAAGUCAUGUAAGUUGCAUAGACUCACUCUGUGCAAUAAUAGUGUUUAGCGUGAUUUUGAAUGACUCCCCGAUCUCUGUACCCUACAGAGCGCAGCGGUCUAAGGCACUGCAUCUCAGUGCAAGAGGUGUCACUACAGUCCCUGGUUCGAAUCCAGGCUGUAUCACAUCCGGCCGUGAUUGGGAGUCCCAUAGAGCAGGGCACAAUUGGCCCAGCGUCAUCCAGGUGAUGGCCGGUGUAGGUCGUCAUUGUAAAUAAGAAUUUGUUCGAAACAGACUUGCCUAGUUUAAAUAAAGGUUAGAUAUGCUGCCACAGCCGCUAUCCAGCCAUCUUGUCACUGUGGUAACAGCCAUAGCACCACAGAAAGUUGCAGACCAAUGUAACUGACUUGCCAAGUUAAAAUAAAAAUACAAUUUAUCUGUAAGUUCCUUCAGUUGAGUAGUGAAUUUCAAGCACAGAUUCAACCACAAAAACUGAGGUUUUCUAAUGCCUCACAAAGAAGGGUACCUAUUGGUAGAUGGUAUAAUAAAAUAUACCAUUGAGCAUGGUGAAGUUAUUAAUUACACUUUGGAUAGUGUACCCAGUCACUACAAAGAUACAGGCAUCCUUCCUAACUCAGUUGCCGGAGAGGAAGGAAACCACUCAGGGAUUUCACCAUGAGGCCAACGGUGAUUUUAAAUGACGGUUAAGGGAGGGGAACUGAGGAUGGAUCAAUGACAGUGUUACUCCACAAUAUUAACCUAAAUGACAGAGUGAAAAGAAGGAAGCCUGUACAGAAUAAAACAUGUUCCAAAACAUACAUCCUGUUUGCAGUGAGGCACUCAAAUAAUAAUGCAAAAGAAAUUAACUUUUUGUCUUGAAUACAAGGUGUUAUGUUUGGGGCAAAUCCAACAUCACUGAGUACCACUCUUCAUAUGUUCGAGAAUGGUUGUGGCUGCAUCAUGUUAUGGGUAUGCUUGUAUCGGCAAGGACUAGUUUUUUUUUAGGAUAAAAAUAAACUUAAUCGAGCUAGGUACAGGCAAUCUGGUUCAGUUUGCUUUCCAACAGACACUGGGAGACAAACUCACCUUCCAGCAGGACAAUAAUCUAAAACACAAAAUGUGAAGAAAAAAAGUUCAGGUUGUGAAUACUUUCUGAAGGUACUGUACUUCAUAAUACUUAAUAAUACUUCGGUGGCAGCGACAUGAGAGACGUCAAUCUAAUGCAACUCUGCCUCGUCACCUGAACGCACUUACAAUCGUAUAGAUUUGUUAUUAACCAAAAAAGAAUAGUACUUAAAUUGCAUAUGGUUUUCUAUUUCCAUUGGAAAUACUGUGGUAAUGACAAUGAAACAUAUUUUGGAUGUAUUUUUUUAUAUAAUGUAAUUGUUAUUUUGGAUUUAUUAAGGGUGAUUUUUCUAUUGGAAAGAAUGAUAUUUACACUGAGAAUUGUGAGAGAAAAUGCCUUUAAGACACUUGUUUGGAGUUGCCUUUCUGGUCAAAUACAGCUCUUGUAUUAAAGCA